ACAUGGCCGUAUGGCACGGUGACAGCGGCUGUUUCGAAAUCACGACACAAAACAAUUUAGAAAGCUUAAUAUCGGAAACUUUUACGCCUGAAAACAAUAGUGAUAAAACAUGUUACUCGUUUAGAAAAGAAUUUGGAAGUUUAACUGACCAUGUUCGCGUGAAAAACGAAGCGAUAAGUGCGUCGUCGGAAAGUGAAGUAAUUCAGAAUAAUAGGACUAAGAACGUAUUUGGAGAUGUACCGAGCAGUAGUGAGAAAUUACAAGAUGUGCCAAAGCAAGAAGUUGAAUCAAAACCAGUCAAUGAUAGCAAUAAAAGGAAGGUGGAAUACAAUAAUUCGAGGUAUAACUGUGAAUUUGAAGGUUGCCAGAGAACCUAUAGCACUUCUGGCAACCUACGCACCCAUAUGAAAACACAUAAAGGGGAAUACAGGUUCAUAUGCCCCAUGGAAUCAUGUGGCAAAGCAUUUCUCACAUCUUACAGUCUGAAAAUCCAUGUGCGGGCGCACACAAAAACCAAACCUUUUGCCUGUGAUAUUGACUUAUGUGAUAAAGCUUUCAACACAUUGUACAGGUUAAGGGCGCAUCAAAGACUACACAGCGGUGAUACGUUUAAUUGCAAAGCGCCUGGGUGCUCGAAAUUCUUUACAACUUUAAGCGACCUGAAAAAACACAUUCGCACACAUACACAGGAGCGCCCUUAUAAAUGUAUAACAGACGGCUGCGGUAAAUCAUUCACCGCUUCGCAUCACCUCAAAGCGCACGCGCGCACGCACUCCGGCUCACGACCGCACGCGUGCGCCGCGAGCGGUUGCGGAAAGCUGUUCUCCACUGCGACCAGCUUACGGGCGCACGUUAGGAAACAUCAGAUCGAAGCCGAGACGCCGACUGUAGAGGUCAUUGAGAACGAACCGACGAAACCCGAUAAUGACGUCAUGAUAUGGGACAGCCUGCUCGAGUCCUUUGGUAGGAUCACCACGGAGUCCAACUCCACUGACGGCAGUCUCGAAGAUAUCACCAGUGUCAACCCCCUCUCUAACAAUAACAUGGACAUAACAGAAUUGCUUUUCGAUAACGCAACUAACAACACUAAAUUCGAUGAGACUAACAACAUAGCUGUAGAUUACGACUUGAGUAGCCUAGAGGUGCUUUCCCCCUUUAACGUCGAGAAAAUUGUCAAAAAAGACAACACUGACAACACAUGGGUCGUCGAUGAUGUGAAUAACAUACAACCGAUUCCAUUGCCCACUCCUAAAAUGGAAAUAGAAUCCAAAGCCAUACAAUUAGCUCUGGCCAAUGAAAUCGAAAUACAAGCGCCUUGGAUCGAUGUUACAGCCUUAGCGUCUUCCAUACAAGAAACCCCAGUUAGCAUCAAAGAAAAUGUCCCAGAGAGCAUAUUUACUCUCGCAACAUUUGUUCCGACACAUAUGCAAAGUUACAUAGACCUGAACACUGAUGCCGUGCCGACAGCUAAUCUUAUGACCCAAAGUUCCUUCCAUUUAGAUACACCGAAUAUUUUAGAUGUCAGCGAUAAAGUUUUCAAUGACAGCGAACUAGUAACGAAUCAUGAUACUAAGAUCGAUACGGAUAUUGAUUUUUUGAAAAGUAACAUCGAAAUUUUAGACGACAGGUCACUAAAUACACCUCCCCCGAAUAAAGUGCAGCACAACAUUGAAAUCAAUCCAGCUAAUUCCGUUCUAUUUAACACAGAUUUGGCACUCGAGGACACCUUGUUAUUUGAUAACGAGCCCCCUUCUGAUAUGUAUGUUGUAAAAACUGAGAACGUUUUCGGUAAGAAAGCUAAAAAUCCUUUAGAACAACUGGCGGCAGAUGCCGGCAUCUGCUCUUGCAACGAUUGUAAGUGCGGGCCGAAUAGUGGGGAGUGUAGAAACUGCCAGAACCACGAGUUGCCCGAACCUAUAGGGUGUGGAGACGACAAAUGUUCCUGCGGUGCCGACUGCGAGUGUGACCACGCGGAGAUGAAGUGCGCCGUGGGCUGCGGGCGCGCCACGGAUACAAACCACAACACCUUCUUGCACUAUCACAAAAGACAUAACAACUCCAACCUUGAGGAGUUCGGCGUCUACACCCACGAAUGUGAUGACUCCUUACGUGGAAUAAUUGAAAAUAUAAAGUGUCCUUGCAGCGGCACAGAUAAAUGUCCUAGGGAAUGUGGAGAGGACAAGGGCUGUUCGAAACCAGACGCGAGUCGUAGCUCCCACAAAAAGUCAUGCUGUGUCACAAUAUGCUUUAAAAAACUGGAUGCGUUCAAACAGUUUUUGAAUGAUCCCAAUGUGUUGAAUGCUAUCAAAGUGAACAAUUUAAAUUUGACAACUAGCUUCUAACGCUGCUUACCAUUAAUUUAUUUUGCAUUUAAUUUUGUACAAAGCGAAGGAAAGUGAUGUUUGUCUCUCCAAACCAACGACCUUUACUACACAGUACACACUAUUCUCUAGAGAGAAGGUUAGUAUUGGACUCUCUCUGUAAUGUAAUCCUAUACAAAUGACAAAGACAAAAAGUCAGUGGGCGUUAACCAUUUUGACUGACCAACCAAACACAAACAGAUCUAUGUUUUCGGAUUGAAUUUUUUGAAAACAUGGUUCUGUAGAGUAUUACAGAAAACAUAGGAUCGUUUGAGGUUGGUUGGUUACUCAAAAUGGUUUACGCCCACUGACUUUUCAUCUUUGUCAUUUGUAUGGGAUUAAGUAAGAGAGAGAUUACAGUCUGACAAGGCUCCUUUGGCCCUUGAGUGAAUGCGCAGUUGUUGCUUUAUGCCGACACAGCGAACUAUCAACAAGUGCACUUCUCUAGAUGGCGGUUUUAGUUCCGAUUUUGGCCACGCGCCAAAAGAGCCUUGUCGGACUGUUUAUUAUUAUACUAACUUCUCUCCAUAGGUAGAGUAUAAAUGGGUCAUUCCGAACAAAGAUAAAUAUGUCAAAAUAAAUAAUUAGUCUUAUGAAACUGUUGAUCAUGUUAUAACCUAGAGAGUUGCAGCCUGCAAUUUUUUUUUCGUUCUGAAUGACCUGUCUACUGUGUGUAGUGCAUAAAAGUAGUUUCUCAAACCCUUUAUUGUCCGAACUUUUAUAGUAGACCAUUCUCUUUUUUUUUAUUCACUUGACUAUAAUAAUUCAAUGAGUAGAUUGGUAUUUUUUUUUGACUACCAUUAUUAUAUUUUAAUUUUUAACAUGAAGUUUAAUACUGUUACUUAUUUAUGCAAGGUGCUAUUUAUUGUUUUACUUAUAUUAAGCUUAAAUUCUUUUUAUUUAUGUAAUUCUAGAGUAUAUAAUAUUUAUUUAUACACAAAUGAAUAUUUAUGAUUACCAUUACAAUAAAGUGCAAUAAUUAUUUUAAAAGAAAUUUUGAUAAUAACAAUAAUAUACUUAUUGAACAUUGUUUUAAGUAAAUAUUGAUUGUUACAUAGGUUUAAUAAUAAUAGUGUAAAAAAUAUGAUCACAACAAAGUACUUUCAGAAGUAACUAUAUCCAAAGAAUUAGUAUUUUGUACUAGGUUUAGGUUACAAAAUGCCAUACAUAAUAUUGAAAUUGUUAUUCCUUUGAAACUUAGUUGAACAUUGGUUAGAACUUACAAGACAGAUUAAGUACUUAGUAAAGUGUGAUAUUAUGUAAAAAAGAUACUCUUUGUGCCUUAAUCAUUGCCUUAUGUUAUAAUAUACAACAAUGAAACAAAUGUUACAAAAUGUAAUAAAAGAAAUUUAUGUUAUGUUAAUGUUUGCCAAUUGAAUUUUAAAUGUUUUUUGAAAACAUGUUUGUGAUUGGUUGAUGCCUCAAAAUGGUUCACACCCACUGAGAUUUUUGGCUCUGUCAUUUGUAUGGAAUCACUUGAGAGAGCGCUAUUACUUCUUUCCAUGGAUAGAGUAUACCUACUGGUAUUAUGAUAAUAUAUAAGUAAUAAGUAGUAACAAAAGCCAUGCCACAACUAAAUAAAUAUAGAUAUAUAUAUAAUAUUUAUUUACAUAUUUUGGUGCUAUUUUAUAAUCAUAACACAAAUAAGAAUCAAGUGCCUUCAAUAUUGUUCAUCUUAAGUACUUACCAGUAUAGAAUUUUUGAGCUUGUACAAAUUGUUAAAAUGUAAUGAGAUUAUACUUUAUUUAUACUGUUAUAAUAAUAUAUACCUAAGCAAUAAUAAAAUGCUGUAAUUUCUAGUCCAUGUAACAAAUAAAAAGCUUUUAGAUAUUGA